AAUGCCUAAGGACGCUAGAGGAAAAAAUAGAAAAUGGGGGAAUCAUAAAGAUAGAUAAUUCGAAUCAGUUAAUGAAGGUGAAUUGAUUGAGUAAUUAAAACAUCAAGCAGAAGAUGAUUAAGAAGAUGAUGAGGAAGUUGAAUAAUAAUAAUAGGAAUAACCUUAAAAAGUUGAAUAAAAAGAAGAAGGUUAAGAGGAAUAAUAAUAAGAAAAAAAGAAGAAAAAGAAAAAGUAAACUUAAAUUUAAUGUAAUUAGAAGAGUGACUGCUGAAGGAGUACCUAAACCUAAAAAAUAAAAGAGAAAUCUUGAUAUGCCUGAAUCAGAAGAGGAAGAUGAAUCAUAAUAUUAUUGAAUGU